AGAGAGAGAACGAAACUAGCUCAGAAAAACGAUAGGGAAGGCUGGUGUUUCUAGAUUGGCUCUCGAUCGCCACGGUCGAUUUCGACCUUUGGUUGCUAGCUUGAUUCAGCAAGUAAUUUCUUACACCGUAUUCCGAAAUGGAUGUUUUGAGAGGAAAUGCGGUGUCACAGCACAUCUCAGUCAUCAGCUCAACUUCUGCUCAAGCAUCCGCCAAGCUUCCGCAAUCAAAGUUGUCGAUUUCGCACUCCAGCUCCCUUCACGGCUCGUCCUUUUUCGCCUUGCAACGAAUCCCAUUCGCCCAAUCCACUCUUCUAGCCUCCUCGCACUUCGAACCAAGCAGCAUAAAAUCCACUCACUCCAGUGUAACCUGCUCCGCCUCUUCGCCUUCCUCUUCUACCUCCUCCUCCUCCCGCAAAACUCCUUCUGCUAAGACUCGUCGCCUUAUAUUGCUUCGCCACGCCAAGAGCUCCUGGGACGACCCGUCCUUAAUCGACCACGAUCGUCCUCUCAGCAGCCGCGGGAAGCACGGCGCUAAGAGCAUUGCUAAGAAGCUCGCGCGGCUCGGCUGGACGCCGUCCUUAAUCCUCUGCAGCGACGCCACGCGGACCCGCGAGACGCUCGACAUCAUGCGGGAAGCAGAGGACGGCUUCGCGGAAGCAGAGGCGAGGUUUCUCGGAAGCUUCUACUCCGUGGCAGCCAUGGACGGCCAGACGGCGCGGCAUCUGCACGAAACAGUCGUGCGAUUGGCUCCGGAAUUCGCGGACACGGUGAUGUGCAUGGGGCACAACCGCGGGUGGGAGGAGGCGGCUAGCGAGUUUGCCGGCGAGUGGGUGGAGUUAAAGACGGCCAACGCGGCGCUGCUGGAGUCGAAGCGGCCGCACGCGGAUUGGGGGACGGCGUUCGGCGACGGGUGGGAACUGGUGAAGGUGCUCAAGCCGGAUGAGAAAUAGAAGCUGCGCAGGGGGGAGGACCAGACUUGUUAAGGCGCCUCAAAGGCUGGUGACGGUGCUGUAGCUGGAUGAGAAAUCAAAGCUGAUAGUCUGAGCGGUCCGGGAAGGGCAAGAGGCGGGCCAUGGGGCUGUUGAUGGGAGUAGGAUUCCUAGAAACACGGACGCCGGUGGUGAAAGUGGAUAAGACUGGCGAUGCUAGAUGCGGUGCAGCUAAGGGACUGUUCAGAACAAAGUGCGGAUGGGGGAUUGGAGGGGGAAAGGCAAGGAUAAGGCGAUGGGAGGUUAGAGAUGCGGCAGACUGAAAGAAUCUCGUGUGUGACAGACAGGGAUGCUGCUGCUGACAUGCGUUGAUGCAGGCACAUGAUUUUGACAAUGAUUUGUUGGUCAUGAUGGGUUGAUAUGGUCAGGACUCAGGAGAAACAUCUGUGGUGGGCUACUAGGCUAGUCUAGAACUGCAGCACGCACAAGUUUUCCCCACGCAAUGAUUGCUCCCUCCUCCCCCCCCAACCCCCCAACCCACCAACC